AUGACUAAAAAACAACAAGAUGAACUUACUUCAAGUUUUAAUAAUCUACCCUGGAGUCUCCCAUUAGGUUUCUCAUCAUUAUCACCAUUUGGUGCAUUUCCAGGUUUUGGUUUACCUACACCUAAUUUUCCUUCAUUGAACAGUUUUGCUUCAUCAUC